ACUUUUCUUUCUUUUCUUUUCUUUUCCUUCCAAUUCUUCCCAACCAAAUAAGGCCUGAGUCUUCGAGUUCUCUCAUUCGAGUCCGCCGCAUCGCCUCUCCUCCUCUCCAUCUCAACCACCGUCUCUCAUACUGAACGAGUCCGCCCGACUGCCGCUCCUCCUCUCCAUCUCCAUCAUCUUCUCUCAUACUGAAGUGAACGAGUUCGUCGAAGUUUUCCAGUGAGUGGGUGAAUAGAGCUGGCUGUGAUUUUGGAUUUAUAGCAUGGCCAAAGUUGCCUAAGUUGUUGCAACCCCAGGUUCUUUGACUUCAGAUUCACCACAUUUUUGUGGGGGUGCCAUGAAUGCUCGUCCUGUUGUGAAGCGAAAGACGCCGUCUGAACUGAGAUGAGUGGGUGAAUAGAGCUGGCUGUGAUUUUGGAUUUAUAGCAUGGCCAAAGUUGCCAAAGUUGUUGCAACCCCAGGUCCUUUGACUUCAGAUUCACCACAUUUUUGUGGGGGUGCCAUGAAUGCUCGUCCUGUUGUGAAGCGAAAGACGCCGUCUGAACUGAGAGGAGAGCAAUUAAAGAGAAGAACAGCAGUGGAGCUUGUACACGAAUCUGAUACUCCUUUACAAAGUACAGAUGUCUUGGGUGCUGGGAUGAAUAAGCCACAAGGUCCAAAGAAUACAAGAUAUAUAGACAAGCGUCUAGAUGAAGUAUAUCCUGCUCGAAAACCAACCAGCAGGUUCAGCAUACUCUCUGGAAAAUCAAAUUUUAAGGAAAAUCAAGUUAUUCAGGAAAAGACUGGGUUAAAGAGUUCUUUUUUUUCACAUUUGACUCCCAAGAAUCACCAGGAGCUUAAUGGUGCAAGUAAAUCAGUUGCAAAAGCUGCCAACUGUGUUUUACGACAAUGUGAAACCGGUGAGAAAGGCACUCAAAACAAAUUUCGUAGUGUAGCUGAACUUUCACUCGGUAGUGACAGAUUUACAGAGCUGGGCACAGUUGAUGUGGACAAAGCAUUGAAAGGACUAACUUCUCAUGAGGCUUCUGGUUCUUGUUCUCCAUCAAGUUCAGCUGGAAAGUCUGGGGAUGUAAAAUCAACAUCUGCGGGGAGUUAUUGUUCGGAAAUUCAUAUUCCUGGAAUAAAAGUUCCUCUUGAUUUGACCUUGAAAACAGCCAUGCGUAUAGUGUCCUCUUCACCUGUGGAUAGGUUUCACAGGUUAUUUAUGGGUGGCACUAACAAUGGAAUAACUUCUUCCUCAUUCAAAACUGGCUGCUCUGGCAAUGAAAGUGUUAGGUCUUCCUUAAACAGUCCAGUGUCCGGAGAUACUUAUAAUUUUCAGUCAUGGAUAUACCCCCAGUCUUCAUUGCCAGCUUCUGUAAUAUCAGUAUUGAGCUCAUCUUCAGGAGGAGCUGAGAUGGAAUUUUUGGAGAAACGCCAACUAGCUUGGGAUGACUCCUUCCGAAGCCUCUACUACAUGCUACGGAAGAGUGGGUGCAAUAUAUUUUAUGUUUGCACCUCACAGUUUGUGGUGAUCUUCACCGCUGUUGAAGGCACAGGGAAGGCCAAACGCACAUGUAAAGCAUUUAUUUCUCAAUCAACAAGAGGUUUAAGGUCUUUGCUGAAGGAGUAUGAUAUCAGUUUCACUAUGCCUUUGUGUUGUUCUGAAGUGGAGCAGAUAAGUAGGGAAGACUUGGUUGAGCUCUCUGAGAUUGAGAAGCAUAACUUGGGACAGGCUAAACGGUUUGCUUCUAUACCUGAUGUGGACAACAGCCCAAAAUCUUUGUUAGCAUUCAACGGAAAUGAAAGUGUUCAUGGCCUAUAUGAUUUUCUGUUAAAUUAUAGGUCUUUGUUGACUACGUUGAGCAAUAUGGAUGUACCUGUGAUCUGUUCUUCUGUUCCUUUCCUUAGUGCUGCUCUAUCUUCCCCACAGGUGAGAUGCAAAGAGAUCAAGAGAGUCGAUGCUUUGCAGUCAAAAGGGUUGGCGGCAAAAGAUGUGGAAUUCCUUGGUUCUAAGAGUAGUGUCUGCUACAGUAUUGAAGUAAAGGAUGCUUAUCUUCCUCCCUGGAUAAUUUGCUCCCUAUGCGCAGCAAUGGGGUCUGAGGGGAGAAGUUUUGAGGCAAGCUUUUUGACAGACUCGAAUACCAUGGGAUUGAAUGCUGCUAUUGAAGCAGUCAGCCAAAAAUCCAACACUAAUACCGAUGAGACAACCGGAGAUUCACAAGAAGAUACAUAUACGUUUGGUAUUUCAGCAGCUGUGGUUAAUUCUGGAUUAUAUUCCUCAUAUCUGAAGGCGGUGAAGUAUUCAAAUGGGUCUUAUGUAGCUGCACUUUCUCCUGUUUGAACAACAAAUGAAACUUUUGCUGUCUUCUUGGAGGCAGUGACUAAUGAGGCCAGUGUUUGAUUCUCCCCUUGGUUUGUUUAUAAGUUCUUUAAGACGUACUCAUCCUCAGUGUAUAAUGAAUCCAAUACAAUGUACGUUUUUAAAUGGGAAGGGUUUAAAACUGUGGUCAUUUUGAAUGUUUCAAAUGAAUUGUAAUCUGUUUUUGGAUAAACUUACACAUUACCCUAUCUCAUGAAUGAGUAAGUUGACUAUAAAGAUAAAACUUAUUUUCUGGA